AUGACAACACCACCACUACUACUUGUUCAUUGCUUACUGGCGGUGUUUCUUGCCCUAACUGUAACAGCGGCUUCCAAUGACUCAAAGAGUACCACCACUACCACCACCAACCACAAGCAUGGUCAUGGGGAUAAAGCACUUACAGGACGCUUCAUUCAUGUCACGGAUUUCCACUUGGACGAAGAUUACAAGGAAGGCUCAAGUGACAAAGAAUUAUGUCAUCGAGGCAAAGGAGAUGCAGGUGUCUAUGGUGCUGUUAAGACUGAUUGUGAUUCCUCCCCAGAAUUGAUCCGCAUGACAUUUGACUUCAUUCGCAACAAAAUUGGCGACGUUGAUUUCGUCAUUUACACAGGUGACUCUGCACGACAUGAUCGUGAUGAUGAUUUCCCUCGUACCAAGAAACAAGUCGUAUCGGCUCAAGAAGCCAUUGUAAAGCAUUUUACAGAUACAUUUGACACCGACAAGAUCAAAGUGCUUCCCGUAAUAGGAAACAAUGAUGUGAUUGAUCACAACCAAUGCGGCGCUAAUGAUGAUGACUUUAAAGUCAUUCAAAACAUUUGGAAGCCCUUGGGUCUCAAUACGACGGAUGACUUUGAAUACGGAGGCUACCUUGUUGAAGAUGUGGUGCCUGGCAAGAUUCGUACUAUCCACACCAACACGUUGUUGUUCUACAAGGAUAAUGAUGCAAUCAAGGAUGACUGUGACAAAAAAGGAAGCGUGGGCGCUAAUCAUAUUAAAUGGAUUAAGCAAGUCCUCGAUGAUUCUCGCAAGCAAGGCUACAGUGUUUACAUCUUAGCACACAUUCCUCCAACAAGCAAAAAGGACAAGCCAUACUACACAUCUGCAUGCACGGAAGAGUACUUUACUUUACUCGGCGAAUACGAGGAUGUCAUUGCAGCCCACUUUGCAGGCCAUUACAAUAAUGACAUUCUCAGUGCCAUGGUUAAGAAGCAUGGAAAAUACGAACAAGUCAGCGCAUUGGCCAAAAAGAAAAAGAAGAAACAAUUCAAAAAGAUGGAUCUGGAGCAUAGCAAUUUCAUUACGCCCCUCUUCAAUACGCCAUCCGUCAUUCCCACUUUCAACCCAAGUAUCCGUGUUUUCGAAUAUGACACGGAAGGCAAGGAGUAUCCUGUCGGAACAAUCCGAGACUGGUGGCAGUAUUAUCUUGAUCUCCAAGGCACCGAUAACGGAAGAUCUAAAGAUGUGGAAUAUGAGCUCGAGUAUCAAGCAUCCGAACUCUUUAACGUUGAUCAUUUUGAUGGAGCUGGUAUCCAAAAAGUGUUUGGCCGUAUGAAAGAGGAUGAAGACUUGCAUGAAGAAUACAUCGAGCAUGCCACUGUUAGUACUAGCAAGGAUAAGAAGAAGGAUAAGAAGAAGCACAAGCAUAAGGAUGAUGAUGAAGAUAAUGAUGACGACGAUGAUGAUGAGGAUGAGGAAGAUGAAGAUGAAGACGAAGAUGAAGACGAUGACGACGAAGACGAAGACUAG